AUUUCGAACACCGAAAAAAGCGGUCAAAAGAUCGACGAAAAAUCUCUAAAUACUUGCUUACUGGCUUCCACUGCUUUCACUUUCACUUUCACACACUCGCUGCUUCUCUAUCUGUUGGUGGAGCUCUCUCUCUCAGAUCCGGUUUGAUUAUACUCAAUGCUUGAGGGGGGUUUUGAUUUGGUGUGUUGAAAAAUGUAAAUAGAAGUAAUAUUGAUGUUUGGAGUUACUGAGUAAUUUGACCAGGAAAUGAUUUCAAUUGGGUGUUAAGAACAAGUUUCUUAUGUAUUGUCGAAUGUUUGUUAUUUACAUCUUAAGAUAAUAUAAAAUUCGGAAAAAAAUAAAUGGAAGAAAUACAUUCCCAAUCUGAUAAUUAUAGGUCAUCAUCUUCAUCAGCCAGCAGUCCAGCCAGUAGGGUACCCUCAAGUAAUUUUUUCUAUUUGCGAAAGCCUGGAUCACUAAGACAACCUAUCUCAUUUGAGGACUCACCUGACUGGGAGGAUACGGAUAUUGAUGUUAGGGUUGAAGAAGGAGGUGACUCUAUUAAUGCUGCAACCACUCCGGCCUCCCCGUCUCUCUCAAAGCUCAAUAGUGGGUCGUUACCAUCCCCACCACUACCAGAGGGUGUGGUCGUUGCAAGAAAAAUUGCAGGGGCUUCAGUCGUGUGGAAAGACUUAACCAUUACAAUAAAGGGGAAAAGGAAAUACUCUGACAAGGUUGUGAAGAGUUCAAAUGGGUAUGCUUUACCGGGGACAAUGACAGCAAUCAUGGGUCCUGCCAAAUCGGGGAAAUCGACACUAUUGAGAGCUCUUGCAGGAAGGUUGCAUAAUUCAGCCAAGAUGUAUGGUGAGGUAUUUGUAAAUGGGGCAAAAUCACACUUGCCACAUGGAUCCUUUGGUUUUGUUGAGAGGGAAACCACCCUAAUUGGAUCCCUUACCGUGCGUGAGUUCCUUUACUACUCGGCUCUGCUUCAACUUCCUGGUUUCUUCUGUCAGAAAAGGAGUGUGGUAGAGGAUGCCAUCCUUGCUAUGUCAUUGGGUGAUUAUGCAAACAAACUCAUAGGCGGCCACUGUUACAUGAAGGGUCUUCCUAAUGGUGAGAGAAGGCGUGUCAGUAUUGCCAGGGAGCUUGUUAUGAGACCGCAUAUCCUAUUUAUAGAUGAGCCUCUUUAUCAUCUUGACAGUGUCUCUGCACUUCUGAUGAUGGUUACAUUGAAGAAGCUUGCAAGCUCAGGUUGCACUCUUAUAUUUACUAUUUACCAAAGCAACACAGAAGUAUUUGGGCUAUUUGACCGAAUUUGUCUGCUUUCAAAUGGAAACACGCUGUUUUUUGGAGAGACGUUGGCUUGUUUGCAGCAUUUUUCAAAUGCUGGAUUUCCUUGCCCUAUCAUGCAGAGUCCUUCUGAUCACUUUUUACGUGCAAUAAAUACGGACUUCGACAGGAUCAUUGCAAUGUGCAAAAAUUUGGAUGACAAUGGAGAUUUUUCAUCAGUGAAUAUGGACACCGCUGUUGCAAUACGCACCCUUGAAACAACAUACAAAUCAUCACCUGAUGCUGCUGCAGUUGAGACGAUGAUACUAAGACUCACUGAAAAGGAAGGUCCAUCUCUCAAAACCAAGGGAAAAGCAAGCAAUGCUACAAGGAUUGCAGUUUUGACCUGGAGGUCAUUAUUGAUUAUGUCAAGGGAGUGGAAAUACUACUGGCUUCGGCUGAUUCUCUGUGUGUUUCUAACACUCUGUGUUGGUACAGUUUUUUCUGGGUUAGGUCAUUCCUUGUCAUCUGUUGUGACUAGGGUUGCUGCAAUAUUUGUGUUUGUAUCAUUUACUUCACUUCUAAGCAUCGCUGGAGUACCUGCUCAAAUGAAAGAAAUCAAGAUAUAUGCAUGUGAAGAAUCAAACCAUCAUUCUGGAGCAUUAGUUUUCUUACUUGGGCAACUCCUCUCCAGUAUUCCUUUCUUGUUCCUCAUCUCCAUUUCAUCAAGUCUAGUCUUCUAUUUCCUCAUAGGGCUUCGAGACGAAUUCAGCUUGUUGAUGUACUUUGUGCUGAAUUUCUUCAUGUGCCUCUUGGUAAACGAAGGACUAGUACUUGUAGUUGCUUCCAUUUGGCAAGAUAUUUUCUGGAGCAUCUUGACACUGGUGUCCAUACAUGUGGUUAUGAUGCUUUCCGCUGGUUAUUUCAGAAUUCGAAAUGCUUUGCCUGGACCAGUAUGGAUGUAUCCGGUAUCCUAUAUUGCUUUCCAUACUUACUGUAUCCAGGGGCUAUUGGAGAAUGAGUACGAUGAGACUUCCUUUGCAGUUGGGCAGGUGAGGACCAUAUCCGGUUACCAGGCUCUUCGAAGUGCAUAUGAAAUCUCUCCGGACAGUAAUUCUAAGUGGGAAAAUUUGCUGGUGCUAUUUCUUAUGGCAGUUGGGUACCGCAUUCUUGUGUUUGUUUUGCUACAAUUUUGUGUCAGAAAAAACUUACCUUCAUGUAGGUUUUUCGAGUGUAAUCGGGAUCAAAACAACCCAUGAUGAAUGAAAGUGUUGCCAGCCGUGUUUGGCUUUUAGAUUGUACUGCUGUUGUUUGUGUUCUUUCGUGCAAUGUAGAUAGAAACCCGUGAUGGAAUAUAUAUAAAAUUGUUUGUGCUCAAUUCUCCCAUUA